AUGAAGUUUCUCCUUGGCCCUCACAUCUUGAAGUGUCAGUUGUUAGUGUUGGUUCAGUGUGAAGAAAUGAAACUUUUAUUAAGUGAUCUGCUGUUUUCCUGUAUAUGCAUCCUCUCUUGGGGUGUUUCAUCAAGCACAUUUGUUGUGACACAGAGUCCUGAUGUUUCUGUCAGGGUGGGAGAGACAGUAAACAUCACCUGCUGCUGGCCAGGGAAAUUUGAAAGAGUUGGAGUGAACUGGCUGAAAAAUCAAACAGUAAUUAAGAAAGAGACCAACUUGAAUCAAUCUCAAGAAAAGAGAUGUUCAUCUUUGAAUAUCUCAAAUAUCAGAACAGAGCAUUCAGGGACGUACAUCUGCAAGGUGACUGUGGAGAUACCAUCUUUAACUGAGGCUAAAGGAAAUGGGACAGUCAUCACAGUCAAGACAGUCAACGAUACUGGGAACAACUGGCAAAGUGCACAAGAUCCUGGGAAUCCAACCAAACCAACCAACGUGAUCAUUUCCCUGGCUGUAGUGGUUCCUUUGCUCCUCAUCACACUCAUCUGUUACUGCACUCUGCGAAGAAAACAAGCACUAGCAGCCCGAGUCAUCUACGAGGUUCCCCACAUAGACUCCGAGAUGGCAGAUGCGGACAAAGACAGCACAAGCUCGUCCAGAGGCUCGUCUCAGUGGCGUCAAGUGCCUCUGUAUGAAUCCUUCUAUUUCGAGCAUGUGGAUCCCAAAGAAAGUAAAUGAUGAGUGUCGGCUCCGGAGUUUUCUUGUGUACUUUCUGUCCUGUAUAUAGCAUUUUUUCAUUUUACAUAUUUGCAUGAUUGCAAAACCCCCAUAUAUGGUUGUAAAUAUGUAUGUAUUUUUCUAUAAACUACAUCUUAAUUAAAAUUAAUUUCAGUAAAGGAGAAAGUGAUGGGGCGUUAGUCCCAUAAAGCCUGAAUCACAAAAUAAUAAUAUGUUUAUGUGUUUAAUUAACCUUCUGACAAAUAAAAAAAUGAAAUAAGUGAUGAAUUUGCAUAGUGUUUUAAUUUGUGGCAUCUUUCACAUUCAGGAUUUUUGU